AUGCCCAAAAACGAUACCCCGCGAAGUACACUCACCCACAUUGGAGGUUGGAAGUUGGGUAAGACCUUAGGCAGAGGCGCUUAUGCUCACGUUCGACUCGCCACUCAUCCAAAUGGUCAUAAAGCUGCAUGCAAGAUCCUUCCCGCCCUUCACCAUACCCCCGGGAGAGAAGUCAGCUGGGACGAGACCAUAGAUGCUGUCGAAGCGCAUAAGGAAGUUGUUCUCCUCAGAGGACUCUCCGGGGCCGGUGUACCUGGUAUAGUAGGCUUGGAGGGUGUGAUGGAAGAUGGUGGAUGGACCUACGUCUUUCUCACUCUCUAUCCUGCUUCUGCUUCCGCUUAUUCUACACCGUGGAAUCAACACCAUUUCAUUCCCUUCUUCAGAAGACUUUUACAGACUAUCGAUAUCCUACACCAGCUCAACAUCAGUCACGAGGAUUUGAAACGAUCUAAUGUCCUAGUUGACGAGUAUGGUUUGCCGGCUGUAGUCGACUUUGGCUUCUCACAUUUCAGACCUGAUGGAGGUAAAGUCCGAAGUGCAGGAGGUACUUUAGAUUACUCAAGUCCCCAGAAAGCAGCUGACCAUCUGUAUGACCCCAAACCAAACGAUGUUUGGUCUCUUGGUAUACUCGCCAUGAAGCUGCUUGGUAUCCCUCAUCCAUUUACCAGACAUCGACCUCAGGAAGAAAGUAGUGCCAUCAAACAACGUAUCAUCGAAGGUAGAGCGAGAUUCAGGUUCGGAUCUGAUGAUUCACUCCCUGGUGGUAUCGCGGAAGUCAUCAUGGGCAUGCUGGAGCUGGAACCGGAGAAACGAUGGACAAUCUCUCAGGUUCUUCAACAUCCCUCCCUACAGCCCUUUCAAGCAGAACCCCGACCAUUCUCACUCCCUUCAGGCGAUCUUUCGUAUAUGCACAAGGUCGACCCGUCGGUAGUGGACGACCUGUGCUUCCUCGCUUAUCUGAACAAUCACUUCUACUUGUGUGAAAGUCCUCUCAAGAUCAUCCAGCGAUUGCAAGGAAAACACCCAUGCUGGGAGAAGACAUGGGCGAGUUUCUUGGCCGCUUGGUCGAAAAGAGCUGAAAUGGAUUGGGAAGAUAUUCCUAAGACGAUCACGCCUUUGAGAACUCGAAGCUUACCUGCUGCAAGAAGUGACAAAGUCGAACCAAUCCCCAGAGGUCCGCUCAAAGAAAUCCAUCUUACACCUGAGAAUGUCAAAACACCUGUGCCAGCUCAAGCCACUGGAGGGGUAAAUGGAAAACACCAGAAGGAGAACCUUCCUCCUAAACAGCCUCGGAAAUCUCGAAUAUACGGGAUGAAGACCAGGGGAGAAUCUUCGAGGAAUGUGCUCGGCGAGGUCGACCGUCAAGAAUCACAUGAACAGCAGAAAGUUCCUAAAAUCAAGAAAAAUAACCUCAACGUAUAUCAUAAUGAAACAUCGGCUCCACCCUAUUCCACUGCCACAAUUCUUGUCAACAAAGUUUCCUCCAAUACUGAAACAACCUUGGCCUCGUCUGCUGUUGCUGGAUCGACCUCUGAAAAUGCUAUCAUCGUCGAUAGUAGUUAUCCUACUAGAGCCCAAGAAAGGGAAACCCCCAAGGCCACCAGAGCUAAGAAAGCAGCCAAAGGAAAGGGUCCUAAAAGGGGGAAAGAGAACGAGACCGCUAAUGCUAAUCGAAAUAACGGUAGAGGCAAAGCGAGUGAAAGUGGAACUGCUCAUGCGGGAGAGCAGAUGAAGGGCCUCGAUCUCGCAGCGAAUCAACCUAGAGGACCUCGAAGACGAUCACCCCGAUUCGAAGGCAGAGAUAAGGAACAGGUGGCUUGGAAGGCUUAG